AUGGAAGAUGAAACACGGACUACUCCGGAUCCUACAGUGGACAAGGAGUUGGAUGUCGCAGCCCAUUUACACAUGGAAAGCCUGGACGCUAUAGAACUCACUGCAGGACACACAUUAGGCUUCCCGUGGGAAGGCGCACCGGGCACCGAAUUUGAUUGUGCAAUGAACAUUGCUGCCAAUUCCAUAAUGGAUGUUCCUACUAUUCCUACCGCGGAUUUACUGGAAGGGGUUGCGGCAGAUACUGAGGCAAGCCCAACAUUCAGCAUCGACUCGAAUACUGUCGGCACGGCCAACCCGGACGAAGUCCUGGAAGAGGACCAGGUCACUGUCCAAGAGCCAUACACUGGACGUCCGAGACAGGGGAAAGAGAAUCUCGCACGUGCGAUCGACAAGAUACAACUCAGCUUGCCAAGAAAUCCAAACGAAUCGUCAGAGAUUCGCUCGGUGUCCUCGCAUGGCGAGGAUUUUCGGCGCGAGCUGCAAGACGCCGAAGACGAUGAAGUGGUACCCAAUAACGCAGGUGCCGGCCUUCAAUCCAAGAUCCAUGAUUCCGACGACAAGGCGGAGCAAGAUGACAUGGAUUACGAAUGGCAGAAGGAGGACUAUAUUGCCCCUGAAGAACUGAGUGAUAGGGUGUUUCGCGUGGCCGAAGAGCAAUACAAGCGAUUGAAAAAUCCCUCCGCUGAAGAUACGGUUCUUUUCGCAAAGGCGAGAAGAGAAGAGGAAUUGCGACUGAGGGUUCUCCAGAGUCGCAUUGCAACCACCAACAACUUGAGCGAAGAGGUUGAGGACAGGAUUUUCAUGGAGGAAACAAAUGAUUCAGAAUCUUUUUCCUCGGUUCAGAAACCAGCCCUUGCUACGGCACCAACCGAAUCCACGCAAGCGCAGGUCACAAGGAAGAGGAAAGUACUGAAGCCCUCUCAAAAGGAGCAGAUAAAGUCCAUGGAGAUCGGACUUCAGAAAAUGAUUGGAACAAACCAAUAUACAACGGGCCUAUCUAAAAUCCAACCUGGUGCAGAUCAGCAAAAAGAUCCGGAUAAGACAAGCCAACGAAAGUCGCGGAAAAAAACGACCAGGCUGUCUGAGGGCGAAAUUCUAAGUCUCUUCAGUGCAGGGGAUGUGAUUUCAGCUGCUCAAGCAAACGAAUCGUUGCCUGAAAUCCCCACUUUUACCAAGAAGGACAAAGAAAAGGCUCUUACUGAAAUAGUCGCGAGUAUUCCAGCUGCAGACCAAGCCGUUGCAAGGUCAGAUAAACGCCGAAUCCUCGAAGCUACGCGAAAGUUUGAUAACAAACCAUCAAGCAAAGAAGAUGGAACAUGGAAGAUGAAAGGCUUGAAAUGUCCAGGGAGUUGGCUGGAUGGUAAGCGGGAGCGAGAACGGUCACCCACUCUGCCUAUAGGUGGACUGCUCUGCGACGUCAUGGGCUUAGGGAAAACAGUGACAACUCUGGCCAAUAUCCUGGAUGGAAGGUGUUUGGACAGGUCAGAGGAAAGAACACCUACACUAAUCAUCGUCCCCGCAGGCCUAGUCGGCCACUGGGCGGAGCAGAUAAACAAGCAUUGCGAACAAGCAAUCUUUGGUGUUGUCCUUGAGUACCACAGAAACCCGAGAAUGAGCGCUCAGAACGACAUCAGCAGCAUUCUUUUCUAUAACGUGGUGCUUGUCUCGUACGACGAGGUACGGAGGUCCUACCCACCACCAAACCCACCAACCAACCUACAAUCCCACGAGGAUAUCCAGGAAUGGUGGCUGGAAUUUUACAAGGAAAGCGUGGGCGUGCUCCACCAAAUCCGAUGGCAUCGGAUUAUCCUGGAUGAGGGGCAUGUCAUCAAAAAUCGCGACUCUGCCGUUUCUACGGCGGUCCGCGCUCUUACCGGUGUCCACAAAUGGAUUCUGAGCGGAACUCCUUUGCACAACUGCGUCGAGGAACUGUUUCCAUACUUCAAUUUCAUUGGAGUGCCUUCCAGUGCUUCAUUUGAGCAAUUUGAACAUGCAUAUUGCGACAGAGGCGAGAGGUCAAGAAAGCGACUGGUCAAUAUCUUGCGGUCCAUCCUUCACCGGAAGACGCAUGAGAGCAGGCUCUUUGCACUGCCCAUCGUCAAACUCCCCCCGAUUACUCAGAGAAAUGAGUUCGUGGAACUCUGCGAAGCUGAGAAAGUUUUAUACCGUAAGAUCGAGCAAGUUUUCAUCGACAAAAUCAAUGAUCUUUCUUCUCCAAACCGGAAAGCUUCUCAGUGGCAGUGUAUUUUGACCAUGUUCCUGAAGCUACGUAUGUUUGCUAGCCACCUCCUUGCAGCUCAGGACAUCGUCAGUUAUGUGCUCACAGAGGAGGUCUUCACUACCUUGAGGCCUCUAUCGCGAGAAGGAGACACCUGGGAUAAUCCAUCUAGCAUGAUCACGAAGAUGCUACUUUUGGUGAAGAGUAACCAUGCAGUUCCUACGGCUCAGAAGGUCACGACUGAAGAUGAUAUUGCUCGAAUACAGCCCACAGGAGACUGCGCAAAGUUGACAGGAAAAUUCCGGCAGUUUAUGGAAAUGCUUCAAGGGGAGGGAAGAUGGAAAGAACAGCUUCACAGACUGGUCUGCCCUUCCUGUGCUCAAGUCCCCGUCCAAGCCGUCAUCACUUCUUGCUAUCAUCUGUAUUGCGAGGAAUGUUUCCAUCAACUCCCAGAUGAGGGUGGCAGAGUCGGAGCAGGGAUCAAGCUUUGCUGCGUUUGUGACACCGUGAUCCUUGAAGCUGCUGACUGUGGUACCUUCGACAAAAUCAAUCCGGACAGAUAUGAAUCUUCGGUAUCGCCCAGCUCGUCUUUCAACUCCAAGAGAAAACCAUCUGGCAAGUCCAAACAGUCCAAAAGCCAGAAAAGGUCUAAAAAGGCUUUGAAACGCCUCCAGUCGUCUUCAAUGUUUCACCAACCUCGCCGUGACUCUGAGCAUAGCAGUAAUGACGAUUCAUCAGAUGAGGACGAUACCUCAGAAGAUUGGAUUCCAAUUAUUGGGCCAAUGACACCCAGUGCAAAGCUCCUGAAGGUCCGUGAGCUGACAAAGGCGUGGAUUGAAAGUGACGAGGAUGUCAAGAUCGUGUUAUUUACACAGUUCUUGGACAUAAUCCGAUUACUCCAGGCCAUGUGUAGCCGGGAGGGCUGGGGUUUCACCACCAUAUCUGGAAAAUUGUCUCCAACUGCCCGUGAUAAUAACAGAGCUAUCUUCUGUGAGCAGAAAGAAACCAAAGUCAUGAUUGUCACACUCAAGACUGGAGGGGUCGGCCUCGAUCUCUCAGUCGCGAAUAAGUGCAUUCUUGUAGACCUAUGGUGGAACGAAGCUAUCCAGGAUCAAGCCUGUUGUCGUCUGUUUCGAAUCGGUCAGAAACGCGAGGUUGAGUGCGUUAGACUUGUCGCAAAGGAAACUAUUGACGAAAAAAUGAUCAGCCUCCAGGAAAAGAAGACUAGGGAAAUCCAAAACGUUAUUAGUCUACGUAUCCUGGAGAGCCGGGAUACUGUCAGAGACAUUCUGGAGUUCUUCGGCGAGGUCACUCAAGUGGAGGGCGGUGGUUUCAGACUCACACGAACCAGUGGAGAAUGA